AGUAAUAGGAGUCGGUUCCUCCGGGACAGACGCGCUCUCCUCUCCGCAUCGCUGGUGGAGAGAGGAGCCUACCUGCGCGCCGCGACAUCACGCGCCGGGCAUUCCGUUACCGUCGGCGCUGGCUCGGUGCUCGCGGCUUGCGCCCCCCUUCCCUGCCACCCCUCCUGCUGCGCAGCAAUAACACCCUCGCCUAUGCAGUCGACGGUGCUGCUGCUGCCGCCGGAGUGGAGUUUUGUCGUAGCCACCGACUGCUGCUGAUCGGUUCGCGCAGCGAGCAGUGUUGUGCUGGUGCACUCGCUCAACGAGCUGGAUCUGACGAGCGGUGUCAGAAUGGUGGCUUCGCCGCCGCCCCUACUACCGGCUGUGUCGCAACAGCAUCAUCAGACGUCGCAGCAGCGGUACGGACUCCCGCCCGCACCUCCGUCGCCCCUGCUUCCGCCUCCAGCGUCGAGCAUGGCCAACGCCAGCGUCGCCAACGGGCCUCCUCCGGCGUCUACCGAGCGUCCCACUCCGUCCAGGGCGAGCGAGAUUCGAAGGGCCACCAAGCCCAUAAUGGAAAAACGUCGCCGGGCCAGGAUCAACCAGUGCCUGACCGAGCUCAAAGCGCUCAUCCUGGACGCGCUCAACAAGGAUCCGUCACGACACUCGAAGCUGGAGAAAGCCGACAUCCUGGAGAUGACCGUGCGCCAUUUACAGAAUGUCCAGCGCCACCAACUGGCAGCCGCCCUGUCCACGGACCCGGUAGUGAUGAGCAAGUUCCGCGCCGGCUUUGCCGAGUGCGCCACCGAGGUCAGCCGUUACGUGACGCGGCUCGAAGGUGUUGAACCGUCAUUGCGCCAGCGUCUAGUCGGCCACCUGACGACGUGCGUGAACGGCCUUAACGGCGCCUCGGCGGGUGGACCCGCGUCGCCCCUGGGAGGCGUCUCACCGGGUCUGCUAAUCUCGCCGCUCAGCGUCCAGAUCCCCAACCUGGGAGACCUCCAUGGAGUCGCACCUUCCGGGCCGCUCGCCGCGGUCGGAGCUGGCGGAGCUCCUGGGCGCCUUCAGCUGGGUGGUCUUCCGCUCAUCCCCAGCCGGCUGCCCAACGGCGACUUGGCGUUCGUCUUGCCGACCGUCGCGGCGGCUACUUCUGGCGGCGGUGGUAGCGCUGCCGCAUCGUCGAACAGCGCCGCUGCUGUGGGACCUGGUGGACUUCCACCGUCCUGGGGUCCCCCGACGCCGACGAACACGUCGACGCCGACGUCGCCGCACCCUCCUCGGUCCCCGAGUCCCGCGAGCAGUUUCGGCGGCAGUCCGCUGUGCAGCCCCAUGGGCAGCGAUGUCGGCAGCGAGGACGCCUCCUCGUGCGACGCCCAGUCGAUGCUACAGAGGUCGCCCUCUUGCUUCUCGCCGCCACCCUCGGCGUCCCUCGACGACCUGGCUGCAAUGCAUCGUCCCCCCAUUCUUCCGCGACGUCAUCCUGCGAGGUCUCGAGGUCACCGCUGCGGCGACGCAGUGCCAGGAUGAGAUUCAACAGUCUCGGGAACAUCUGCAUCACGGGGAGGACGAAGACGACGAACAUAGCGGUGCUGGUGACGACAGCGUCUGGAGGCCCUGGUAGUCGUGGGAAGUGCCCCCCCCCCUCCUUUUUUUUUGUACAGAACUAUGUUGCUGUUUGUGCCGAAAUAACAUUGCGUUUGUUGAAAAUGAGUUUUCUGGGAUAGUUUGUAGAGUGCAACAUCGACGCCAUCGUUGGGCAAGAAUGUGAGCAGUGGUUGGAGAAACUACUUUAAAAAAAGUAAUGGAAGAUACUUAUUCGUUGGACGCAAAAUGAUCGAUGCAGAAACGAGCAGCAAGACUCAAAGUGAGGUGGAAUCAUCCAGUCUUGUGAUUCGAAUUGUGUUAUCUAUCCCGCUGCAUCAAAACCAUUGACCUUUCGGUGAAAAACCGCCUUUUUCAUUUUUCCCGUGUUGUCGUUGGUCGUUAUGUUAUGGUUAUCCUCUAGACAGGGACAACCACUGUUGAAAGAACGAAGGUCUCUAAGACCAGGGAACGCUUCGCGAUUCAUACGCUAGGGGCACUGCGCACGCGCAAUGGCAUCGCGAAGAAAAAUGUCUAACUGUCACGAUCGUGGCCUCCUUUUAUUUCAUAUGGUUCCGACUGCACAUGUUGUAAAGCACUGCUUGUUUCUUGUUGCACGACUCGAUCUCAUCACAGCAACUAUUUUUCUAUUCGCGAUGCUAUUUUUUUGUACAAGUUGCUGUUACAAGUGGAGUACGAUAUAUGUUUCCGUUUAUACAUGAAAUAUGCUGCGGCAACCACCACAGUGUGCCUUAAUGCUGUACAUACGUCUAUCGAAUUGCGCGAGCCUCGACGCUCGCUACUUUUUUUUUCUUUUCGUUUGUGUGUUUCCUCGAAUCUCACUGUACCUUUUCUAUCCGUUGACGUCAUGGCUUCCUCUGUUAGACGUGAUAUGCAUUUCGAACAACAGUGCCUUCGUGACGUGCGAUAUAUCCCGGUUUUCGCCAGCUGUUUUCGCGAAAUGGAGAAAGUCUUGAAUGUACAAUCCUUCUUCAGGUAUUUCCUGAGCCAUCGUGCAGGAGCUGUUCCUGAUGGGCGGGGCUUCCGAAGCAGCACUCGCGCCGUCCUUAUUUGGUAGAAAAAAGCGUAAUUUCCAAAUGAUGACCUCCAAGAUCGAAAGGGACGCGUGCCGAUCUUGGAGUUCAUGCUUUUAUACUGCCCGAGUUCAUGAUAUAUAAUCGGGUGUUGAGUGUUUGGGUGGCACUUCCGGAUACCUAGCUUAUUACUGCUUACGAGUAAUGACAUAACCGCGAGUUACUCCAUAAUUGCGUUAACGAGCUGCACUCUUGCAGCCGCUGAUCUGAGAGAGGAAGGUACAAUCAUGAUUGACUUUUUGUUCGAGAAAAUGCUGGGCGGCUCUUCAUGCGCAGCUAAAUGUCAGUGUCGAUAGUGUCUUUACCAAAUAAAUAGGUGCUCGGCACGCUCGUUAAUUAUGUACAGUUUAAAGAAGUAUGUUGCUUGUAUCUUCAACUGUUGUUUCCCUCUAACUAGAAGAUUGUAAAUGAAAACGGGACAAUAAAGAGAAAUUCUAUACGUUAAGUUUUAUGAAAGUAUUAAACUUGCGGAAUCAAAGGAUUCCGUGAGGGGAGUGAUUGAACACUAUAUACUCCAUGUCAAAACUUAUUUCAGUACAUUUCUACGACGUUGCACAUUACGUCGUGCCUCCUGCGGCAUAUUUACGAAUAAUAAAAAUAUUCUAGCUUCUCGUUCCGAGCCAAAAUGCUAUCAAUGCGAAGAUACCUGAAAAAAAGUGACGUCAUGCUGAAGUAACAGAGUUGCGGAAUGGACACUGCAU